UUUUGCCAUUUCCUGAAUUUCAGCUCAGACCCAAAGGAACUCUUUCAAACAAGCUCAAGAACAGCACAAAGAUGGCUCAGUAUCACAGCACUCCUGCUGGAGUAAUCGAAGUGCUAAAAGAACAAGGAUACACCAUAGAGAAAGAACUUAGCCGAGGGGCUUCAGGAAUAGUGUUUCUGGUGAAAGACACAGAAGGAGACCCUUAUGUGAUCAAACAGAUUAAUUCCAGAGAUGAGGAGGAGCUGGAUGCAGUCAGAAAGGAAGUUGAAAUCCUGGAAAAUCUCAGCUUUGGUUAUAUUGUUACUUAUGUGAAUUCAUUUGAAGAUGAUGCGGGACGCAUUUAUAUUGUGAUGGAGUACUGUGAAGGAGGAGAUCUUUCAAAAGUCAUGGAAACACAUCAAGGAGAAAGUUAUUUUGAAGAACAACAGAUUCUUGACUGGCUUGUUCAGAUUUGUCUGGCUCUGCGUUAUAUCCAUGAGAAGAACAUUCUUCACAGAGAUAUUAAACCUCAGAAUAUCUUCCUGACUGAAGAUGGUUACAUCAAUCUGGGAGAUUUUGGAUGCUCAAAAGUAUUGGAAAGAGCUGAUGGAUAUGCUAAUUCAGUUGUGGGUGCAAAGCUCUAUUUCAGCCCAGAAGUUUGUCAGAGGAGAUAUAAUUCCAAGAGUGACAUAUGGUCAUUGGGAUGGGUGCUCCAUGAUCUCUGCAUGCUUGAUGUGUGGGCAGAUGGCAUGCAGCGUUACGUAAUUCAUGCAGUCAGCAUGACAGGAAACCUCCCUCAGAUCUCAGAGAGAUACUCAGCAGAACUGAGAGAAUUAAUCAGACAAAUGCUCAACCUUGACCCUAGAGAAAGGCCUUCAGUUGAAGAUAUUCUAGCAAAACCAUUCCUGGAAGAUGCAGUGGACAGAAACAGCAGAACUCCACAGGCACUGAUUCAGUGUUUCAUUAAGUCUGUCAACAGCUAUGAUAAGUCCUACAACCAGCACUAUAAAGACCUUGAAGCCUUAGUUAGUGAGUGGGGAAGAAUAACAGAUUCGAUGGAGUCUGCACAUUACAGCGCCACAGCCGGCAGUCUGUCAGGUUCAGUGAUUGGAGCAGCUGGAGGAAUCACUGCAUUAGUUGGUUUAAUUUUGGCACCGUUCACUCUCGGUGCAUCUCUGAUUGUUACUGGUGUCGGUGUUGGAGUUGGAGUUGCAGGUGGAGUAACAGGUGCUGCAUCCACCAUUACUAAUACUGUACAACAAAAAUCAUUUAGAAAGAGCCUUGAACAAAUUCAGCAAAAGUAUGAAUCUGUAAGCGAACCAAUUCUCACACCGCUGAAUACACUGAGAAAGGUACUGAAAAAAAUCACAAAGUUCAGUUUUUUUUUUGGCACAUCAACUUUUGACAAUGUAGAAAUAUCAUGCAAUUUAGACAGAAGAAGUAUGUUCUGUGCCACACAACUCAUGAAUUUAGGUCUGCUGGCAAAUGUUAGCAGAAUUGCUACUCAGACUGCGAGAGUAGGACGAGUAGUAGCAGAAGCAGUCUCAGGUGUGUUAAGUGGACUACUAGUCAUACUUGAUGUCGCCUUCAUAGUGAUGGAUUCGGUAGACAUACACCAGAUGAGACAGGGACAAGUAAAUGAUCCAGAAAGGGUCAAUUCCAGUGUUCUCAAAUCCAUUGCAGAGAUGAGGAAAACACAUAAUGAGCUUUGCAAUGUCCUGAAGGAAAUGCAGAGAACCAGAGAGGAACUAAAAGACUACAUGUAUAUAGAAUUGGCCAACGAUGACAGGGAAAUAGAAAAUGAUUUAAAUAGUUAAAACAUAUAGAUAUGAUUUCAGUCAGAGAAUCAGGAAACCUACUACAUUGCUCUGAAACCAGAAUUCAUGUGUGUAGCGUGUGGUUGAGUUUUUGUGAUUAUAUUAAGUUAAGUCACCUUUUGUUUAUAUAUAGUGCUUUUUAAAAUAUAAAUGUUACAAAACAAAUCAGGUUUAUAAUGAUAACAGAAAAAAAAAUACAACAAAGUUUGAAAAAACAACAACAACAACAACAACAACAAAAAUGUAUUUGUUCAGCUUGAGUCAUUGAAGAUCUUAAGUUAUCAAUUUAUUUGAUUUAAUCUAUUCAGUAGCCCUGGAGAAAACAGUCAUGUCACAGUCCAUUUAGUUCAGUCAAAAUAGUAAGAAUAUAGUUGAAUAGUAGGUGUCCACAACUAAACAAGCCAGAGGCGACAGCGGGAAGGAACUCAAAUUCCAUGACAGAACGGAGAGGGAAAAAGAUAGAUAGAUAGAUAGAUAGAUAGAUAGAUAGAUAGAUAGAUAGAUAGAUAGAUAGAUAGAUAGAGUUAUGUUAGUUAGAAAGUUUUAUGGUCCUGUCACAGCGAUUAUUUAAUAUUUUUGGUUUAAUAAAUCAAUUUUUUUGCGCUUGAGUCUUUGUUACCUAUUCAUUCCGCGACAUAUAGAAUAACAUUAAAAAAAUAUAGCAGAUACAAUAUAUCCAUUAUUUACAAGUGUUUUCUAUUACACAGAGGUGUAUGUUUGUUUAUGAAUUAGCAUUUAUGUAUUACUGUUCAUUUUAUAAGUACUUAAUGGUGAUUUGUGGGCAAUUAAUAUACUUUGCCAAGGUAAUUGUUUAUGUAUAUUGUGUUAUGUUCUGAUUUCGUUUUGUUUUACUUUGUUUGCUCUGUUUCUGUUUGCCUUUCUUUAUAAAUUAGUUUCAGUGUUUACUCAUUUAGUCUCUAGUUUGUUGCUAUGGUUAUUCAUUGAUUAUCAGAUUCCUUUCACCUUAUUUUUAUAUCCCUCUAUUUCAGUUUAAGCUGGUUGAUUUUCAUUAUUGUCAGUGUUGAGUAUGCAUUACUGUUUUCUAGGGAUGUGCCGAACGAGGCUAAGAAUUAAUGGCCAAACAUUUCAAAAUUCACAUUGUUUUUGCAUAUGAAUGUUUGUUUGUUUUUUACACGGUUUAAUUGUGAUUAUUAGUAACUGAAGCCCCUUUAUCUCAAGCUCUCUACUGUUAUGUUCAAGUCAUGUUGGGUGGACAUGACUUGUGUAGAAAAGUGAAAUUGCCCUCCUGUUUCGUUCAAAGUGACUUGAAUGCACUUGACGUCCUAAUAACAACUUGUCAACUCAUAAAUAUGAACCUCGCAAGAGGACUCGAAUGCACCAUUAACUGGUCAGUCAUUUGCAUCCACAUUUUUGUAGUUUUUUAAACACUUUUUAUUCAUGUUUGUAGUUCUGAACCCAAUCCUUUGCCAAAAUGCAGUGGAUUGUGGGGAAUAUUAUCAAUUAGAAUGUUGCAGGAAUCCAGACACUUCCAAAAUCUACCUGAAAUAAUAGAUAAUCCGGGGACUUCUGGUAUAUUAUUUUCAACAUAUUCAAAAUAUUUAAAAGUUAUUUAUAAUAGUUUUUCUUGUUGCUUAUGUGCAAUGGUUGAAUAACAAUUUAUGUCCCUUGAAUCAUUUUAUUCUAACACAUUCUGCACACGAGUCUCGACCCACCCACCAUCACCCAUCAAAUCUUGUGCCGCACACCACUGUUGCUUCUGCUCCCGUGGGAGUGCAGGUCUCUUCUUCGAAGCUUUUGACGCUUUGGUGCUAUACUUCACCAUCUGGUGGUCAGGAAAAAUUCCUACACCAACUGUGUCAUUCAGAUGUUUUGAUCUAGGUUGUCAUUAUAAUGUUUAUUUGUAUAUUUAAUAAGCAUAUAUGUCAUUAGCAAGAUGCAGCGAUAAGAGUUUCCAAAUUUCCCUGUAUUUUGCAAAAUACAAUGACAAUAAAGACUUUCUGUUC